AUGAAGACCUUAGUACUUGCGUGUGCUCUUAUAGCCGCUACAGCUUUAGCUGAAGAAGAUAAGUACAAAACAGUCACCGACCAGAUCAACAUGGAGGCCGUGGUCGAAGAUCCGAAGAAAAUGCAGGAAGUCAUGGACUGUUUGUUGGAUGUACAACCUUGCUCGAAGCUGCAUGCUGACUUUUUAGCUUUGGUUCCCGAAGUUAUUAAAACAGCAUGCGCAAAAUGUGAUUCGACUCAAAAACAUUCGGCAAACAUCUUCCUGAACGCUUUGCGUACCAAGAUGCCCAAAGAAUAUGAUAGCUUCGUCAAGAAAUUUGAUCCUGAAGGAAAAUACUUGGAUACCCUUUUGGAAAAUGUUAAAGGCCAUUGACUGACGUGAUAUGAUUGAUUUGUAAAAACUGUUUCAAAUUCAACCAGAUGUUUUAUCUAAUAAAAAAUAGUCCAUAAAAUA